AUGGAUAAGGCAGCUAGCUCAAGAAAUGUUUCAAAAUGGGCGGAUCUGCAUAGAGACAUACUUGCCAUGAUAUUCCAUAAGCUCGAUGUUAGGGACAUUGCUAUGGGAGCUUCACGCGUCUGCAUCUCUUGGUUCCUUGCUUCUCACAACAAAACUCUCUGGAACACCCUAGACCUCGCCAAGGUCCAACAAGUAGAAGAAGGCCUAAGCCUCAGGAUAAUUAUGAAAAAGAUCAUCAAGUUUUUUGACAUUAAUGAAACACGCCAAAAUCUCAGGUAUAUCACCAAGUUGAGCCAGGGUGCCCCGAAGAAUUUGUUCUUUAACUUAGAUGCCUAUAUACAAGAGGAUGAUCUCGUGUUCGUUGCUGAGAGGAUGCCAAACAUAGAGAAGCUUGUUUUACCGCGCUGGUGCUUUCAAAGCAAGAAGUCAUACCAGUUUGCGUUUAGUCAAUGGAGGAAUCUUAAAACGCUGAUCAUCGCUCAUGACAAUCUCACCGGAAAUUUUGUGUUUCAAGAAGUUGGAAUGAACUGUAAUAACCUCACCAACCUCAAAUAUUUUGGUGAUUUGAGAAAAAAUACUGCGAAGCUAAUCGUGUCUUACCUCCAGAGCCUUAGAAGGUUGAGUUUGCAAUGCUCUUUUGUCAGAAAUGAUGAAGUUUUAUUGCUUAUCACAGGCCUCAAAAACCUUAGGAUCCUCAAUUUUUCACAUUGCAAAGAGUUGGGCGGGGAACGUAUUCCCAAUCAGGAGGAAAUCACUAUUGGCAAUCUUAAACAAGCCGCUAUUCAGAAUUAUGUCAUACUUUUAUUGUGUCCAAAAGACAAUUGUAGGGUCUGCAAAGCUCAGCCAAAGUUUUGUAUGUUCUGGUCGUAUGGCUCUAAAAUAUGGCGAAAUGAUGAGAUAAAAGAACUUGAAUUCUGA